UUAGCUCCGCCCCCAUGUCGCCGUAGCCCGUAGCAGCAGCACACAGCCGCGCCGCGCCACCUGCCACCCACCGCGCCUCAUCCCCCGCGCGCGCGCGAGCGAGAGGAGAAAAAGAGCUCCCCUUAUAACGACGCCGCGCCGCGCCGGCCACGCUCCCCAACGACUCUAGCUAGCUAGCUAAGCUGCUGCUGCUAGCUCUCGCGCACACCUCGGGUCCUCGAUCACAGUGCUGCUCGCCGGCCGGCUCGACACUUUGCUAGCUAGCUACGCCGUGGCGAGCUAGCGGCGAGACGAUGUCGUCGUCGGCGGUGGCGUCGUCCAGGGUGGCCGGGGCCGGCGGCGGCGAGGCGCGGAGGACGUCUCCGGGGCCGCCGGGCCCGAGGCCGGUUGGUGCUGCGGGAAGCGUAGUCAGGGAGAAGGCCGUCGACCCGCUGCGCGCGCGGGCGGAGUCGGCGGCGAGCAUGCGGAGGAGGCUUUAUCAGCAGCAGCAUCAUCAGCAGCCGUCGUCCGCCGCGGCUAGGGGCGUCCCGUCCAUGCUGCUGCGCCGUGCCGGCGGCGGCGGCGGCGGCGGGGGCCCGCGGUCGCUCAACGUGUCGUGCGCGUCGGAGGCGUCCAACGACUCGUUCUGCAGCCGGGCGUCCACCGGCAGGAUCGGCCGCCCCGUGGGGCCGCCCGGCGUGGCCGCGCACGCGCGGCGGAGGGCGGCUGGAUCGGCGGGGCCUCCCGCCGCCCGGCCGGUGGUCCGGAAGGCGGCCAGCGUCGUGCCGGACAUCGCGGCCUCGCUGAUCGCCGUGGCGAACGGCGAGGCCGCACCGGCGUUGACGGGGCCGGUGAGGUGCCCGUGGGUCACUCCUAACACUGAUCCAUGCUAUGCCGCCUUCCAUGACCAUGAAUGGGGAGUCCCAGUACAUGAUGACAAGAAAUUGUUUGAGAUGCUAGUCCUGUCCGGUGCGUUGGCUGAGAUGACAUGGCCUGCAAUUCUCAGCAAGAGGGAAACAUUCAGGGAAGUUUUCAUGGACUUUGAUCCUCUACUGGUAGCAAAGCUAAGCGAGAAGAAGAUUCUGGGGCCGUGCAGCCCUGCAAGGUCUCUGUUGUCAGAGCAUAGGCUGCGUAUAAUCAUCGAAAAUGCACAGGAGGUCGUAAAGGUCAUAGAGGAGUUUGGAUCAUUUGACAGCUAUUGCUGGGGCUUCCUGAACAGCAAGCCGAUGGUUGGCAGAUUCCGGCACCCCCGGGAGGUGCCACUGAAGACGCCGAAAGCCGACGCCAUGAGCCAGGACCUGCUCCGGCGAGGCUUCCUCGGCGUCGGGCCGACGGUGAUCUACGCGUUCAUGCAGGCCGUCGGCAUGGCCAACGACCACCUCGUCACCUGCUACCGCUUCGACGAGUGCUGCAGCUGCUGCAGCACCGACGAAGCUGCUGCCGCCGCCAUGGACGGCGCUGCAGACAGCCACAGCAUGGCCCUGGUGAAAGACCAGGAGGUGAACAUGAUCUGUGGAUUGGUCGAGUGCGUCAGCUUGGAGCCGUCGAGAGCCAGGGCCACCACCGUGCUCAGCAUCUCCUAG